AUUUCCAGUUGUUUUCCACACUUGUAGCUACCCGCACCGAAAGCAUGGCUAAAUGGGCAUUUUCUUCCCUAUUGGGCGCCUACUUGGUAGCCGUUUCUUUGGCCUUGCCAUCGUCAUUGGUCCAGGAGAUCAAAAACAGCGAGAUGAAAAGCAACAAGGUAAAAAGGGCUCAAUCUGACAGUAAUGAGCCUGAGGAAAAUAUUGGAAAAAUGAGUUACUUUACCAACAGACCAACUUCUGCUAUAAAACGGGGAACAAACCUCAAAGAAGCUGAUAUGGGAGAAUGGAACAGGGAUCAACUGUAUGGAGGAAGAGAUUUCAGCUUGGAUAAUAUUCAGUCGGGUCUUUACGAUUUUCCUAAUCUGCCUAUGGAUGACAAAACCAUUGCCGAGUAUGAGAAGGGAUAUCAGUAUGGAACGAACAAAGAAAAACUGGACGCAGCAUUGCAGAAUGCCAUUUUAAAAAGCGAAUUAUACGGAGAUAACUACGGUCCUUCUAUAUGGCCUUAUGAAGACAGACGUAGACGCAAAAGGGAAACCGUGAGCAACAAACGCAACACUUUGAGGUACAAGCGUAAUGUUGAUUUAACACCCGACGAAGUUUUACGCCUACUCCAGUUCUACGAAAAGAAUCAGCGCGAGUUGAAGAAUGGGGAAUUUUAUCCAGUGGAAGAUAAUAAUGAUGAAACCUGGUUUAAUGAGCCGAUGCGUUAUGGAUCAGUCGAUAGACCUGCAAACAACCGCUUCCAUCAAAUUAAUUCACAACCAGACUACAAACCGCGUUGGGGGGCCUUUGAUCCUGCCACAUUCAAAAAGAAGAGGUUAUUUUAUUAAGCAUUGAUUUAUGGAAGUUGAGAAGCGCACAACUGACCCAACCAAAAUGAUUCUAUACCUCAACUUUACCUGGUCAAACUGAUUUCUACAAGUUAAUUUCCAUUAAAUAAGCUUACAAAAUAAACAAUAGCUGCAAGCUGCAUUUUAUGACUGAAACCCAGAAAGUUAUAAAAAAAUAUUAUAUUUGUCUUUCAUGCUCUUCAAAUUGUUUUAAAACCAAUAUAGAAAUCAAUUUUAAAAUAAUAAUAUUUUCCUGAGACUAUUUGUCUAUUUACUCAAACACUGAAAGAUGGUUAAUAUCUAUAGAAUCAUAAAAUAAUCAAUUUUAUUUAUUAAUUUAUAAAUACUGCUAUUUUAAAAUGGUAUUCUUAUGGUAAAACCUACAACAAUAUUCUCAUCAAGUUAAUUCUUGUACUUUAGCAUUCAGCACAAUGAAAACGGGGAGUGAAAAUGGGAUCAGUUAGUGAACGAAAGUUUGAAAACAGUUUAUUUUAUAGUCAAAUCCAUCUACGUAUUCUACAAUAGAUAUCAGGUAAUAAAUGUGGGCAUAGCUAAGUAUUAAACAUUAUUAAGAUAAACCCAUGUUAAACUCCAUAUAAUCAAAAGAAAUAAGGUAUAAUCUAUCGUCUAUUUUAGCCUAAAACAUUGUCAGUCAGUAUAUCUUUCCAUAAAAUAUAUAUUUAUUAAAUGUUAAUAUACUAGAAUGAUUAUUAUAUUCUGCACAGCAUCUGUUGUUUAGUACCUAGUGUCGGAUGGUGUGAAAGCUUUAGAGUUGUAUGAUUCCAAUUGGUUUCUUCGUUCUAAGCUUAACGCAUAAAUGUAUUUUUUUUUGUGGAAAUGAAUAUGCGUAAAAAAGUAACUAACUUAAUAAAGCACUUGUUUUCACAAAUGUU